AUGUCCCGUCCUCCCACCGAACCCUUUUCUCCACCCACCACCCCACCAAGGGCUCGAAAGGAAGCCAUUUUGAGCCAGAUCAACGUCCGCUACCGCACGAUCAUGGAUCUUGAGCGAAUAGAAGAGCGCUACGUCGGUGAACUCCAGAUUCGAUCCAACGGCUCCAGCAGCCAGAACAUCUUUGACUCUACCCUCAACAACCAAGCCGCUCGGACUGAACUCUAUCAGGUCCGCACGCAGAUCUGUGACCUGGCGCUCCUCCAGGGCAGAUUGAUUGUGUCCCUGUCUCAGAUCGACACUCCCCUGGCGGCUCAACUUAACUUCUCCUUAUUGCAGAAAAUGGUGCGACGAUUUGACCAGCUUCGUCGUGAAGUCGAAGGGUAUCUUGCUGAGUCCGGCGUAGUUCUUGAGAGGAACAUGGUCCACGUUGGCAACAAUGGUUUGUUGAUGGGGAAGAUCGCCACAUCGUUCAACUUGGCCGUCGGUCGCUAG